GUGAAGGUUGUGCGGUUCAAUCAUGCUAUCCAAGUGGUUCUGCAUCUCUCUCUUGAUCCUGAUAGUUCAGGAUGCUGUCGCGAAUGCUAAUUAUAUCGGUGCCACCAUUUAUGAUAUGGUGUACUACAAUCCGAACACACAAUUAGCAUUAAUGGCUGAAAUAGAAGAUGGCCGUAUCCCUUUUGGGACAUCUAGAAUUGGUUAUCGUGGCAUGUCAUGCAAUUGUAACAAUCUUACGUGUGGCUGUUGCACUGGCAUCAAUAUAAUGGCUAUCAAGCUCAACAAUCAUGUUUGCACCAAUUUCACCUAUCAUCCCGAAGACUUCGCCAUCAGUGCAAAAUUUAUAAUGAACGAAAGAGUAAUCUUAAAUAGAAAUCUUUCUGCUAAAAAUCCACCACCGUUCUGCUUGCCUUUCUCUGUUCCCUUCGUAUCUUUCUGUGUACGCUUCUAUGAUAUCUAUACGUCUGGAAAAAAUCUACACACGUGCGUAGAUUUCGAAACGCAUGUAGUAAUGUGGCCGAUAUUGACUCUGCAUUUUGAUUGCGUAAAAAUCGGCACGGAUGGAGUCUCUUGGAUGAAACCCCAAAACGGCAGCAACGUUCUCCAAACAUCGACAACAGAAGUGAGUGCCCCGGAAGUGUAUGACGAGGUAGCCUUUGAGACAGAGUCUGUCCCGCUUGGAAGCAUUCAGAUGUCGACUGUAACACCCGAAGAGGAAGCUAGCAUCGGUCAAUUAAAGCUGUAAUAAUUAUUAUUACAUAGAUUUAUUACAUAGUAUUAUUAUAUAGAUUUGUAGUCUUAUAUAGAUAAUACAA